UUGCUUUAUCAUUUCACAGUUAAAUUUCGCUGAAUAAUCUAACAUCUUCAGUGGACUGGGACGGAGAAUCGCAACAUAUAGUUAAGACCUCCCCCCACUUCGAGCUCCUCUGCGUGCUUCUCUUCUCCUCGUGCAUCUCUCUUCUUACUUUUUCAUCGUCUCUUUCGUAUACUUCGUACGUAGGAUUAGGAGGGAGAGAGCCGAUGGGCUUCGCAUAAUUAUCGGUUAUCUUCGCCUAUGCCUUGACAUUAGCAUACAAUACCCCGUGCAUCCUCACAAGUUCCUAACAAACAACCGACGCGACAGGGCCGUCGUUCACGAUGAAUCUUCGUCUGUUCGUUAUUCUUCUGAUCCUUGGAACCUCCGUCUGGUCCAGCAAAAAUACAGGGCCUUAUGCAUCUGCACCCUUUGCGUCAGUUACGCAAGCACCUUAUAGACCACCGUCUUAUAACAUACCAGCACCUCUCAGACCUCAGCCUCCUGCGCCUCAGAGACCUUUUUCGGAAGAAGUUAGACCUCCAACCACACCGUCAUUGCUGGAUCUAAUACCUAUUAAAAUUGGUUCAACGAAAACAAGAUCAGAACUCAAAUGCGAAGAAUACACGAGGGAAAUUGUGGGCACAACCGAUGUAACAUCUCUAGUCGGCACGUCGAUCGACGUAGUCAAGGUGAAGAAUGUCUGUCGAGAUGUAAAUCGUCUUGUAGUCGGCGGCACCGAGGCCACGACCGGCGAAUUUCCACACAUGGUCGCCAUCGGCAGAGGCAAUUCUAAUGACGAUUUUACUUUGAUGUGCGGCGGCACGCUGAUCUCACAUGUCUGGGUACUUUCAGCUGCGCAUUGCACUUACGGGCCAAACGGCAGUCCGUCUGUCGCUCGGAUGGGUUUUCACUCAUUAACGGACCAGCAAUCCGGUAUCACAAUUAUCAUCAAGACUACGAUACGACACCCAGAGUAUAAUGCACCUGCGAUGUAUUCGGAUAUCGCUCUGAUAGAACUUCAGAGCGCCGUCAUAUUUGGCGAGUUAAUACGACCAGCUUGUCUUUAUCAACAAUAUGAUAAGGUGCCUACAUCUGCUUGGGUUAGCGGCUGGGGUGCUACUGAAUUCGCUGGGGAUCAAUCUGACAAAUUGCAGAAAGCUCAGUUGAAUUUUAUAGACAACCUGGCGUGCACGAUACAGUAUAAUAGUUCCAAAGAGGUUCCAUACGGCGUCUCGCCAAGUAUGAUCUGCGCAGGUGAUCCUCAUGGCGGUUGGAAUAAGGAUUCCUGCCAAGGCGAUUCCGGAGGACCUUUGCAAGUAGUCCAUCCGAAUACUCAGUGUCUCUUUCAAGUGAUUGGCAUCACUAGUUUUGGUCAAGCAUGUGCAAUGGCUAAUUCGCCUGGCGUUUAUACUAGAGUUUCCCAUUAUUUACCCUGGAUUGAGAAUAUCGUCUGGCCGCAAGAGCAAUGAUCGCGAUUUGUUCAACUUUUCAAAAGAGAACGGUCGACGCGUUUGUGCUGACAAUUGUUACCCGUAAAGAGAACUAUUUUAAUCAGUGGUUGCGAGUGGCUAAUCGUAUAUAGUGCUAUUUUAAUCGAUCAUGAAAGUGUAAUUGAACAGUCUGCAGUUGACUAGAAUAUCGGAACGGAAAGGUCACGAGAAGGUGUAAGUCGUAGAAUGAAAGAUUGACAUUCGCUUCGUCGAUCUUCUGGGCCUUAGAAAUCAGGAUAUUUUACUAUCGUGAAUGGUUCGCCACGUGAGUCCGUCGCUGUAUGGACCAUGCGUUGAUGGAAACAGGACCCACCACCAACUCCUGCAACAACGAAUGAAAUAGGUUAUAAAGAUAACAGAAUGAAUACUAUAAUUUGAUACGUUUGUGACGAUGAGAUGAUUGAACAAAAAAAUACUCAAUAUAUUUUAUAAUUUGAUCUGGAAGUGCCAAUAAAUAAUUCGUAUGUUUAA